AUGUCGACUACUUUUGAAACCCUUACGGAAAGGGAACACGAACGUGAUUUUUUCUCCGACGACUCUUAUCCCGAGGACACUCCGGAUACAACUCCUAAUUAUAACCCUGGCGAAAUUCUUAACGAAGCAGAUUGGCAGAGGAGAAGUAUCAGUGAUCUUUGUCGUUUGAUUGGAACCAAUUACCUUGACAUCAAUCCAAGUUACCAACGUGAUGUUGUCUGGACUAACGAACGUAUGAGUAAGCUCAUCCAAUCGGUAUUGGCAAACUUUUACAUUCCACCAGUAAUUUUCAACGUUAUCAAGUUUACAGAAAAUGGAGAAGAGAGAUACCGCCGUGUUUGUAUCGAUGGUAAACAACGACUUACAUCCAUUAAGCGUUUCGUUGACGGUGGAAUCCCAGUUUUCGAUCACAAGGGCCAAAAGUGGUUUUAUGUUGAUAAUGGUUCUGCAAAAACUCAAAAGAAAGUCUUGCCUUCUGGAAUUAAAACUCGCUUUCUUCAAACCGAUAUACUCUGUGUAGAGUACGAUUCGCUCGGUCCGGAGCAAGAGGAGGACCUCUUUUCUAGGGUUCAAUUAGGCGUUCCUCUAACACCGGCAGAAAAGCUUAAGGCUAGUACCGGUGAAUGGCAAGCAUUUGCUUCGGAAAUUGAGCUCACUUAUGAGAACCUUAUGCAAUGUGCCGACAACAAGCGUGCUCGGAGUUUCCAACUCAUUCUUCAGAUAUUUAAGCAGAUGACUUACUACGAGGAAGGAAAAGCAACCACGUUUAAUUCUGGUCCCAGCGCAUUGAGGAAGUUCUGCGAGAACACAUCCCUUUUAACAUCUGAAUUCAGAUCAGAUGUUAAGCGCGUAUUUGACACAUAUGCCGAGAUUUAUGAACAGUAUCCGGAUACUUUUAAGAAUCAUAGCUACAAGGUCGCUGCCAAAUAUUCUCCUAUUGAGUUUGUUGCAAUGGCUCUUUUAAUCUACAUCCAUCCUGAGAGACAGAGCAUACGUCUCUUGCAAGGUGAUAUUCUCGAAUUGAGAUCGUUCGUUAGAGAAUCACGUCAAGACUUGCGUAGUAAUAGCGCUACUUGGGUUGUGUUCAUGGAUUGGAUCAGCAAUAUUGGCCGUUAUCGUGGAGGACUCGAUACAGUACGAGUUGGGCGUCCAGUUACGAGUUCGGUUGCUGGUCCGGUUACCACCUCAACUGGCAAUCGGGCUGCAGGUCAAGUUUCACGUCGGCUUAUAGAGCUUGUUGCAGAGCCUAUCUCUGCUCCUGUGGCUGAUAUGAGUAAUACCAUUGUGGUUCAACCGAGGAACGCCACAAAUCCGACUACUUCGAUGAGAUCUCUCCCCGUAGUUCCUCAUAUUGGUAACCUUGGGCCCGGUGAGGCAUCCUCCUCCUCUUCCGGAGCAAAGGGCCUCCCCCCCCGUCCGUUGAGGUCACAGAUGCCAUUUCCUCCCGCUACCACCUCCGCGGAUCGAAGACAGGGUCGCGCUGAGGCGGGCGUUUCUGGGCCGAGAAAACGUAUUCGUGGCGAGGAUGAUGGCAGCGGUGCGCGCCGCAUCAAGGUGGAAAAGUUUAAGGAGCCUGAGCGUGUCGGACCCUUCACUAACAGUUAGUUUCCUUUACUCAAUUUCUUUCUUUCAUAGUUCCGCAUGAUUCCUGUCCCUGUGUCAUAAAAAUGAAAUCGUUGAUUUCAUCGCUGCUUCUUCAUUGCCGCAGAUUGCUUUCAUGUUUCCCAGACUGUACUUGUAUUAUAAAGAUGAAAUCGUUGAUUUUAUCUUUGCUUUUUUGUUGCUGCAGAUUGCUUUCAUGUUUUCUGGAUUUGCUUGGUAGUUGCUGGCGCAGUGGUUUCUUGGGCGGCUGUUGUGUACGUUAUCCGGUGCAAAAUGGUGAUAACGAUACAAAUGAGAUAGUUAGUAACAAUUUUACAGACAAUAGAAAAUGAUACAUUGAGAAUAAUUAAAUUU